UUCCAUUUUAACAUAUCCCCAACGGGAAAAAAUAAAAAAUAAAAAAAACCAGUCGGGGACAUUUCCUUUAUUAUUCCUUGCUUAAUUUCUCUCUGCUUAAUUUCUCUCUCUACUGCCCUAAUUCCGAUCUGAAACAUUUUUCCCCAGCACAAACCCCCUUCAUUCUUCCAAUUUAUUCACAGCUGUGCUUUCGUCGCUGCCGGCAUUCAUUAUUUCCUUCACUUCUUUGUUUCCGCCGCCGGACUAAUUGUAGAUCUUUCCUUCACAGUCGAACCACUACUUGAUUUCCGUUGUAUGUACUGAGUCUUGUCACACUAUCCAGUAGAACGUUACUGGAAGCAGCGAUCUAGAGGCAUAAACCUGGAGAAAAGUGCGAAAGAAAACGUUUCCCUUUGGAUUAAAGUGGUACAAGAAUGAUCUUGUGAUAGUUGUGGAUUUUCUGUUUCUUUUUUCUUUUUCCCUUUUAUUGCUGUGAGAUUGUAAAUAUGGCUGCCGAGGCGGCGGCUGCGGCCGGUGCUGCCACUUCUUCGGAUUUGUUGUACAAGGGGAUGUCGUCCGACAAUAUAAAAGGGCUGGUUUUGGCACUGUCUUCCAGCUUCUUCAUUGGGGCCAGCUUUAUCGUGAAGAAGAAGGGGUUAAAGAAAGCUGGUGCUUCAGGCGUCAGGGCUGGGAAGAUUAAGUGUCUGAGGAUCGGUUUUCUGGUUACUGUGAUUUUGAUUGAAUUUAAUAUCAAGAUCUCGAGUUUAAGGAGUCGGAGGGUAUUCGUACCUGUACGAGCCUCUAUGGUGGACAGGAAUGAUAACAAUGCCGUACUUGCUCACAUUAUUUUACGAGAGAGAUUGCACAUUUUUGGUAUUCUUGGUUGCGCUUUAUGUGUUGUGGGCUCGACCACAAUAGUCCUACAUGCUCCGCAGGAACGUGAGAUUGAAUCUGUGAAAGAAGUGUGGGACCUUGCUACCGAGCCAGCUUUUGUCUGUUAUGCAAUUCUGGUGAUAGCAGUAGUCCUCAUUCUAAUAUUCUAUUACGUCCCGCAAUAUGGCCAGACGCAUAUAUGGUUCUAUAUUGGUGUCUGUUCAUUAGUUGGCUCACUGUCGGUCAUGAGUGUAAAAGCUUUAGGAAUUGCUUUGAAGUUGACUUUGUCAGGAAUGAAUCAGCUGAUAUAUCCACAGACUUGGACCUUUGCAAUGGUCGUAUUGGUUUGCGUCCUCACUCAAAUGAACUAUCUAAAUAAGGCUCUUGAUACGUUCAACACGGCCGUAGUUUCUCCCAUUUACUAUGUCAUGUUCACAACCUUUACUAUUGUGGCUAGUGUCAUCAUGUUCAAGGACUGGGAUAGACAAAAUCCGACCCAAAUUGUGACAGAGAUGUGUGGGUUUGUGACUAUUCUUUCUGGGACCUUUCUUCUUCACAAGACGAAAGAUAUGGCUGAUGGUUCAAUGUCAAUGAGACUCCCAAAGCAUGCAAAUGAGGAUGGUUUUGGUGAAGAAGGCAUCCCUCUCAGGCGGCAGGAAUCGUUGAGAACAACUUGAUGUACGGUUUGAUUUUAUUUUCCUUUUUUCCUUUUUUUUUUUUCCCUUUUCUUCCUUGUAGCCAAAUGUGAGUUCUUAAAAUCAUGCUGUUUUGAGAAGAAUACCACAUAUAUUCAUCUUGUAUUUUAUCAGAUACUGGACCUGGCCCUAGCAUACAUUUAUCUUCUGGGUUAGAUAGCGAGAUUGGAAUUUUUGUAUUUUUGGUUGUUCUUCCCCUUGGUACUCUCUUAAAAUCUCUUCUUUUAGGAUUUUAAAUAAAUCUCUUCUUUUAGGAUUUUAAAUAUUGUAAUUU